AUGGCAACCAUAAAGUCUCUUGUUUCUGUCAGGUCCCGAGCCACAUUGAUGUUGGUGCUGAUCGUCGUGGUGGUGGAAACCCAGGUGGGUCGAAUCCAGGCACAAACAUGCUCGACCCAGCUCAGCAACCUUAACGUGUGUGCACCGUUUGUGCUACCGGGUGCGCCAAACGCCAACCCCAGCGCUUACUGCUGCAACGCACUCCAAGCAGUGGACCAGAACUGCCUUUGCAGCACUCUCAGGAUUUCUGCUCGUCUUCCUUCUCAGUGCAACCUCCCUGCUAUCACUUGCCCUAGUUAG